AAAAAUAAAGAAGCUUCGCCGACCGGAACACGCAAAACCAACUCUCGGUGGUCGGGGCUUCCCGUUCGCUAACACUUCGUCGUACCCCCGCUUUGCUUUCUCUCCCUCCAGAAGCAGCGGCAAUGGCUGCCGCCAACCUCACCUUCAUUUCCCCCUUGAAACCUAACCCUACCUCUUAUUCACACCAUUCAAGAAAUUACCAGCUACGCCCUUGCGCUUCGUGGUCUCCGCGCUCCGGAUGCGAGCCUCGGACAGAUUUGAGGCGAAGUGAUUUCUCAAAGCGAUGCUUUAGGGCUCGGCUAAUCUUAUUGGAUCGGCGGUUUCCGCGUUUUCUUCCGUUAGCUGCGCAUGAAGAUUCGAUACAGAAUCCUUCAGAUAUAGAAGUGGAAAAGGGCAAUGAACUAAAAAUUAAAGAAGAAGCUUCACAGGAAGCAUGGAAACAGACCCUUGAAUCUUUUAAAGAGGAAGCUAAGAAGAUGAAAGGGAUAUCACAGGAAGUAUACGAUUUAUACUCAAAGAAAGCAAUUGCAUUAUUGGAAGAGACCUCUGAAGUUUUGAAGAUUCAAGCGGAGAAAACAAGGCAUGAUUUAGGUAUAAUAGCAAAAGAAAUAAGUCAAGAAGGUCAAGUUUAUCUCUCGACAGCAGCAGUGAAUUCUCCUGAAUCUGUUAAAGAUAUAGUGGAAACUUUUGCUUCUUUACCCAAUGAGUUAAAACAAGGUUCCACAGUCCGUGACUUUCACCUUGGCAUUCCUUAUGGUGCGCUUCUUGCUAUUGGCGGUUUUCUAAACUUUAUGCUGACAGGAAGCAUACCCUCUGUUCGCUUUGGUGUUAUUCUUGGUGGUUCACUGUUGGCCCUUAGUAUAUCAAGUUUAAGAUCUUGGAAGAGCGGAGAACCUUCACGACUAUUUUUGAAAGGGCAGGCUGCAAUUGCAACAGUUAUAUUUAUAAGGGAAUGGCGGUUGUUUUCAAAGAUUAGAUCCUUCCCAACUUUCUUGAUGACUUUCAUAAGUGGAACGAUGCUAGCAUUCUAUGCGUAUAGGCUAAUAGUCGGUGAAAGCACAGAAGGUUCAAGUUUGGAUGAAAGCCCAGAAAAAUAACAAGAAGCUAAAUGAGGAGAUGGUUGAUGGGAAUCAUUUGAUCGAUUUUCUAAUCUUCUGAAGGAUUGCUCCUGAGUUAUGGAUAUAUACUGCAUUUGGCGGUUGGAAGAAAUCAAAAUGGUGCUGUAUUAGUUCAUAAUAUAUUUUGAUAUUUUAGAUUUUUUUUUGUUCUGUUUCUGUCAGUUCAUGCUAUAUAUGCUUGUAGAUUCAGAAAUUCUUGAGAAAUUGCUCUUAUGGUACAGUUGUUUGUUCUUACUUUGGGAUCAAAUUACACUAAUAAUUGCAGUAGAGAUUUUAGUAAGAAGUUCUAAGUG